GCGGCGGAGUUUGUGAGUUUCUCUUCGAAUGCAAUCAGGAUUAAUUACUGAUCUCAGAGCAAGGAAGUAUUACCGAAGCACAUGUCCAUCCCCGGCCCCCCACCAUGUGAAAAACAGCAAAAAGAAAAUAUGCUGUAGAAAGAAAAAGAAGAGCCUCCUGGGUCAGAGGAACUCUGAGAUCAAAUAUGGCCAAGAGCUUGCGGAGUAAGUGGAAAAGGAAAAUGCGGGCUGAAAAAAGAAAAAAGAAUGCCCCAAAGGAACUCAGCAGACUUAAAAGUAUUCUUAAAAUAGACACUGAUGUUAUAAUGAAAGAUGUUCAAGAGAUAGCAACUGUGGUGGAACCCCAAAGUUGCCAGAAGAUUGAAUGUGCAGUAAAGGAUGAAAAAGAUGACAUGAAAAUGGAGACUGACAUUAAGAGAAACAAGAAGAGUCUUCUAGAUCAGCAUGGACAGUACCCUAUCUGGAUGAACCCGCGGCAGAGGAAAAGACUGAAGGCAAAGCGAGAGAAAAAGAAAGGCAAAAGCAGAGCAAAAGCAGCUAAGGGUUUGGCCUGGUAGCCUCUUAAAAUACUGAGAAAUACCAUAUAGGACAGUUCUUUGAUAGAUGUGUACACUGAUUUCAGCUUCUACCAAAUGAAAACUCUGGUUUUAACUUGACCUUUUUCUUCAGUUCAUAAUUUCUCACUUUUUUUGAAACUUGAAUAAAAGGUUUCCUUUGGUGAAUGAAGUCUAUAUUGAUAUUGUAACUGGAUACGGUCCAAUAUACAAGUCAGCAAAAUUCUAUCCUGUAUUAGUGUGACUUUUUUGUUCUUAGUACAGAUAAAACAUGUCACACUGACAGACUUGAGCGAACUAAAAUUUUGAAACUUAAUUUUAAAAUAUAAAAAUCUUUUCUGGAUCAGAAAGUACAGAGAGUAGGGUGCUUGCCUUGCACUCAGCUGACCUGUGUUCAAUCCCUGGUACCCCAUAUAGUUCCCCAAACCUGCCAGGAGUGAUCCCUGAGCACAGUGUGGCACAAAAUUUUAAGUCUGUAGCUGUGACCCUGGUUUGAAUCCUAGCAUCAUGUAUGAUGGUCCCCUUACUAUCCAGCACUGUCAAGUAUGUCCCCCUCCCCUACUCUGGAUCUUGUAAGUAGUAAUAUUUUGGAGCUUUGAUGUCCUCUAAUUAAAAAUAAAAGACGUUUUAUGUGUGGUAUUUGAAGAGCUUUUCUUUAAUAAAC